AUGUUCACCAUAGCAUAUAUAGUACUUGUGGUACUGCUGGCCAUUAACUAUGGUAUUGUAUACGUACUAUGGAAACGAACAAAGGGAGCUCCUUCUGUCUCAAGUUAUGGUGAAGCGCUCCAUCCGCCUGUUAAGGGUAAACAUGACAUCCUAAGGAAAAUUUCAGCAGGAGCAGAGCUUGAGACUGGGGUAUGUAUCAUCAGCUUUGAUGAAUCAAGAACGACAACGCACAGGCGUAUACUGGAUUCAGCAAACAUUCCAAACUGUAGAGUACAAGUUCACGUAGUUAGAAGACACGAGCACAUUCCUGAACUACCCAGAUGUAAAGUGUACCUGAUGUGUACAGAGUUUUCUGAAAGACAUGUUAUAAUUGAGGAAACAGGUAAAGGUUUAGGUGACCUCCAUAGAACCACAUAUGAUGCAGUCGUUAAACUCGGAGGUUGUCUAAUAAUUCUAUACACAAGAGACCCAGGUUCAAGAAAUUUGAAAGAUCAGGUUCGAUAUAACAGGAAUAUAUAUUGUGUAGCAUGUCAGCCGGAACUCUCAGACCUUAACCAAGAUGGCCGCUUCUUCAGCGUCUAUGAUAAUCUCAGUCAUUACCAAAAAUCUGAACUAAGGAGACAGAUCACUGAAAAUAUGAUAUAAUUCUAAGAUAAUAACUUUAGUUAAGUGUUAAAG